AUGAAGACCGCUUAUAUUAUUUUUACCCUUCUUCAAGCCCUCGCUUCCAACGCUUUAGCUCCUAGGGAGCCUGAUACUGUCACCGCAGAAAGAGUAUACCAUACAAUGAUUACGGAGGCGCCUUACAUGGUAGAUAUGACUACCACAGUGACUUGGACUGUUCCAAACACCCAAAUCCAAUCAUCGACCUCUGUUCCAACUGCAUCAACCACCUCUUGA